AGAGCGGUUCGCUCGCUGACCGCAUAUAAACCCUCCGCACGCGGAUCGGCCAGUGUCAGAAAUCAUGGCGGAGGAAAUCUUGAAGGUUCUGUGUGGGAAUCACGGAUCGAUGGAUUAUGAGCGUCUUCUGGACAUUUCAUACGGGCUGAAAGAAAUAACAGCGGAGAAUUCCCUGGAUAAAAUCAUCCGCCACAGCGACAUCUUCACCGUCAUCGAGCGCGACGAAAGUCGAGAGGUUUUCGCACAAACUACCGUCAAACUGUGUAGAAAGAGCGACUGUGACGAGCUGUGUGAAGAUAUCCAUCUGUGUAAAUAUGAGCUGAUGAUGGGCCGCUGCAGCAGGCACAGCUGCAAUUACGGACACCAGCUGAUGUCCGAACACAACGUGAGGGUCCUGAGAGCUCAUCAGAUGAUCGGGCUGAGCAGAGAAGAUCUGCUUGUGAUGUUACUCCAGUCCGACAGCGGCCUCCUGCCUCCUGUGUGCUACACGUACAACCGAGGGCAAGGGCCGCACGGGAACUGCCAGGACGGAGAGAAGUGCUCGAGGCUGCACUUGUGCGAGAGCUUCAUCAGAGGAUGCUGCGGCGACACGGACUGCGGCAGAUCGCACGAUUUCCAAGAUCCUAACGUAAGAAAAAUACUGCGCUUCAGAGGAGUGUCCAAUCAGCUCAUGCACUCGCUGCCCUUCAUCUACCGCAACAUCCUCACGCUCAAGACGCUGAAGACUCAACGGGACCGCAGGAAUACAGACGUCCAGCCUCACAGUAGCUCUGAUGGAGAGAAUGAGAUCUGUCUGUCGUUUGUCAGAGGAUUCUGCAGAGCAGAUAAAUGCAGUAAAACACACUGUAAAAUGCCCUACAAGUGGGAGGUGAAGGUGGGCCGCAAGUGGCACAACUUACCCAACAGCGAACAGAUCGAGCGGGAUUACUGCGACCCAUCCAACAUACACAGUUCUGGAAACGAGCCCAUUUGUUUUGAGGAAAUGAGUCUGGGACUGGACGAGGUCCGGCGUCUCUCCACGCAGCCCUCUGUUCUCCUGCCCGGCCUUGCUCUCACCACGUCCUGGAGCUGGUACUGGAAGGACGAGUACAACCGCUGGAUCCAGUACGCGUCCAUAGCAGAGAUGCACCGGCUGUGUUCGGUCAGCAGCGAGCAGCUGGAGCGCAGAUAUCAGGAGUAUCUACGGCAGGAUCAGGAGGACGCUGGGAUCAAGUUCACAGCGGGAAACCGCUUCUAUGAGCUCCGCUUCAGAGACAUGAAACAAAGAAAUGAAGUGAGCGGCAAAGAGAGACCCGUCAGGCGCCGACCCGUGUUUGUCUCGUCGGUCGACGUCCAGAUCGCCAGAUCGAGAUGUUGCGGCACCCAUAAGACUCGCUUUUACAAAGGCGUUCCUGGAUUUUGGGACCAAACUGCCAUUCCUGACUCUGGAUUUCGGAGAGUCCGUCUCCCGCCGUCUCACAGGGAUUACAUGAGAGUCCGUGAGCGCUUCACCGAAACUCUGAGUGGUUUUACCAUCCGACAGAUCGAGCGUGUGCAAAACAGGGAACUCUGGGAAGAAUUCAUGAUAAAAAAAGAACAGAUGAAAAUUACAAACAAGCAGGAGAAGUAUGGCGAUCGGCUUUUAUUCCACGCCACCAAAUCCUCCCUUGUCGAUGCUGUAUGUCAGAGAAACUUUAACUUUGAGGAGUCGGACACAGCAGCGUAUGGACAGGGGAUUUAUUUUUCAAAGGACGCCAGGUACUGGAAUGAGUGGGCGGACGGCUCUGCGCUGAGGCUGAUGUUCGCAUGCAGGGUGUUGGUCGGCUACUACACCAGAGGAGCGGCCCAUUUCCGCCACCCUCCGGCCAAAAACGCUGAAGGAAAGCUGUACGACAGCUGUGUUGACGAUAAACGUGACCCGUCCGUUUUUGUAGUGUUUGACAGGUGUCAGAUUUACCCAGAGUUUCUUAUCACCUACGAGGACAGUAACAAGCGUUUACCGGUGUUGGAGUUUGGUGUCCCUCGGGUAGACGCAAAAACAGUCGUCUUUACUAACUCGAGCAGGUGCACAAGCUCUGUCAGUUCACUCGAGGAUCCAGAUUCUGACCCAGAACACACUUCAUACUCCUGCAAACGAAAAGAACCUCUCAUUACGGUCUUAAGCUCUACUGCACUUCCUGUCUCCUCUAGUGCACUUCCUGUCUCAGCUGAAAGUGCCUCGAAAUCACAUCCUGUCUCGGCUAAAAGUGUCUCAACUGAACUUGCCGUUUCAGCUAUAAAAAUCCCCGUCUCAAUUCCCGUCUCAGCUGAACGCAUGUCCACUGCAUUUCCUGUCUCAACUGAAAGUGCGUCGAAAUCACUUCCUGUCUCAACUGAGCGCGUUUCCACUGUACUUUCUGUCUCAGGAAAAGACAUUUCCACUGCACAUCCUGUCUCAGCUAAAAGUGUCUCCAGUGCACUUCCUGUCUCAACUGAAAAUGCCUUGAAUGCACUUCCUGUCUCAACUAAACACAUUUUCACUGCACAUCCUGUCUCAGCUAAAAGUGUCUCCACUCCACUUCCUGUCUCAACUGAAAGUGUCUCCACUGCACUUCCUGUCUCAACUGAACGCAUUUCCACUUCACAUCCUGUCUCAGUCAAAAGUGUCUCCACUCCACUUCCUGUCCCAACUGAACGCAUUUCCACUGCAUGUCCUGUCUCAGCCAAAAGUGUCUCCACUGCACUUCCUGUCCCAACUGAACACACUUCCACUGCACUUCCUGUCUCAACUGAACGCACAUCCACUGCACGUCCUGUCUCAAGUAAAAGUGCCUCAAAUGCACUUCCUGUCUCAACUGAACGCAUUUCCACUCCACUUCCUGUCUCAUAUGGUCCUAGAAUGGCUGUCAAUCCACUUCUGGAAGCUCAGAAACUGGACCGUUCACCAUCUCAGCGGUCCGUGACUCUGUUGAGCAGUGAAGCCACAGCGGUGAAGUAUUCCGUAAAUACUGCAGACCUGAACAUGAACCGGACCCCUGUCUGUCCCGCACAGGGUCUGUCUCGCUCCAGUGGAUCCAUGUCGAGCUCUUCAGCGAUUUCCUCUCAUCAGCGCGUCCUUCCACGUGAUCACACUGGAAACUCUUCAGCAGCAGACGUGCACAGCAGCGCAGGGACAAACCCACACAAACCAGCAGAGCAAAAGAAGAACUGUGCUGUCAUGUGAUCUGAUAUUACAUGCGUUAAGUUACUGCACUGCAUUCAGUGUGCACAGUUGACAUAUUUGUUUUGACUCUUCAUUAAAUCAUUAGUUGAGUUCAAAGGGUAUUUAUGGAAAUGUUACAGGAUAUCAGGAUGUUUUGUGCAUUUCAUAUAGACAUAACAGGUAAUUAUUAAUAUCUCUCUUUGGGUGAACAGACACAGUGCAUGCCCACACUGAUACUGAAAAGCUUUCCAGAUGAUUAUGUGAAGAAAUCAUCUUAGAAUCUAGUCAUAUAAGUGUGACAGCCACAGUUUAAUCAUACUAAAAACACUGCAAGAUUUUAUUGCAAACUUGUGAUAUUUAGUUCUGUCCAAGUCAUAUUUGUUUUGGUUUCUGUCCAUAAGUAUGGACUUCAGCACAGAAUAAAAGCUGACACCAAACAGCUCUCUCAUGUCUUUGGUCUUUUACAUUUACUUUACAUGCAUGCAUUUGUAACAUGCUAGCACAUUUACAUUGCAUCAGUUCUUGUAUCCUUUUUGAAAUAAUACAUUUGCAUACUAAUAAUUUCAUAUUUUGCUGUGGACUUGCUGGUGGUUUAAU